AUGGCAACCAAGGAUAAUCAUAUUUUGAGCGUUCAAGAGGACGUCAGUAAGCUGGCGACCACUUCGUCUGGGUUGAAGGUAGUUGAAAGCGACAGUGAUUUGCGUCGGAAGAGUCUUCCAUCCAUCACCCCGCUGAAUCUCCAGGUCAGCAGUGCAAUGGAAGCUCCACGCAGCUGCAGCGCAAAUGAUGCAUAUUCACAAGAUACAUCUCAUAUGGCGUGCCUGCUGCCCAGUAUAGAAACCAAAGCUGCUUUUGAGGACAAUUCGCCUUUGUUUCCGAGUCAAGCAGGGGUUAAAGCGAAAAGGUUAGCAAAAAAGAGGAUUUUUCACUCUUGCAUAACAUCAGUCUCCGCGACACAUAAGUUAGGUUUCAACGCUGUCACCCAUUUGUUGCUCGUUUUUCUCAUCCUGUUUAGAUCUUUUAGCCUCCAGGACUAUCGAGUAUUGAUCUUUUGUCUCCUUAAAAUAUCACCGCUGAAUCAUUAUCAACAACAACAACAACAUUUAUUAAUUAUAGUGCGCCCUUUCUAUAUAAUUAUUAAAAGCGUAUAACUGAGGUCACGGGCAGCUGUAAAAACAACUUGGUAAUUUAGUUCGGCUGUCCUGCGGAACACUUUGAAUGUCAGUCGGUUGCUCGUUUUGAAUAAAUCCAGUCUAAACUGCAAACCUUUUAUUUCUCAGUUUCUAAGAAAUACCAUGCUUGCAGGCACUCCUCUCUCACCUCUCACUCUUUCGUCCUUGUUUACACUUCCAUUUAUUAUUCCCCAUGUGAUUUUACAUGAUGCUGAAAACUGCUGUACUCUUUUUCGAUAGUGGAGAUGAAUUCAAGGCCGGUCCACGCGACACUUGUUGCAUGAUGCAUGCUACAGAAGAUCUCGGUUUUAUAGCAACAGCCAGUGCUGAGAAGGUAAGCCAAACCUUAACAGCUAACAGAAAUACGCAUGUUAACGUCACUCGACCUGGCUCGUGAUGAUUUUUUGUGUUUUGAACCGCUUAUUAGCCCAUAAAAUGCACAUUUAUCUUUCUAACGAAGGAUAUCUUCGAAGACGGCCAAACCGAGGACACAGUAACACUUGAUGGACCAGUACCAGAUGUACUGUUUGCACCAAGAGGACCCUCCACUGAAAAAGUGCAAUUUAGGAGUAAGCGGAAAUCUCUAGCUCCUUCUGAAGUUAAAAGGUACUUUUAAUGGAUACCUUGUUUUUCCUGGACAAAUGAAAACCAAAACUUUGAUUGUAAAAUUCGUUUAUUCUUUAAAUUGCGUUUCAAAUUGGACGGUGAACUAAUAUAAAUUAAAAAAAGCAAUCUAUCCCCCUUUUUGGCUGUAUGGAGGCGAGUACUAGGCCAAAUUCAAAGUCAUCCUGAGACUAAUGUUAUAUCAGUCUCUUCUUUAAUAUUACUUGUGAUGGCAGAGAAGCUACCAAGUAUGACUGCAUGAAAUUUAUUAGUUCUGUGGAGCCGGGAGCUGGGACUGUCCAAAGACAGCAUGAGUAAACGAUAAAGUAUAAAUAGCUAAUAUAAUCCCAACAAGCCAAAGAGGUUUCCAGUAAUUGUACCACAUGUUAUAGAUAGUAAUUAAAAAUGUUUUGGUAGUAGAACUAGUAGUCCAGCCGGGCACAAUGUGAUGAUAAAUAAAAUGAUUUGAGCCCCUCUGUACACAGUCUAUAAGUGAUUUAGUUACCUAGGGGAUAUUUUACCCUCCGACAAUGAAUCAUUAUCGGAGGGUAAAUUUGCACGUGUGCAGUUGUGACUAAAAGCCCUAAAACUCGAAUCCUUAUACUGUUACCUUCAGCAGCCGCACCCAAAUCUAAGAUCACUGUCAUUUUUAACGCCCAAAGACAUAGUGGACGCCACGUGUUGCCAAAUUUACCCUUCUGCAAGGGACUUGAAUCGUACCCUAGUGUUUUAGUUGACAAAUGAAAUAAAUAUCAUGAAAAAAAGAUAGCAAAUUGUAGACAAAAAUGAUGUGAGUUUUUCGUUAUUUCGGAUGGUCUAGUCCGUCCCAGUAAAAGCUUAAAAUCGUAAUGAGAGUUAGCUAAUAUGCCACAGUAUCGUGCAUUUUUUUUAAACAGAGUUUCUUCAAUCUCAUAGCAUAGACAAUGAAGAAGCCACAGUGUUGAGGUCCCAGUCACCCUGCGGCGAGUCGAAUGAUAGAGAACAAGAAACGGAGGAGCAGAAUGAAAUGGGAGAUGAGAUGGCGAAAGAAAAUAAUGAAGAAACCAACCAAAACCAACACCCCGGUCAAGAAAGAAUGAACAACAAAGAGAGCAUUUCAAGAAAUGAUACCAAAAUCAGUAGGGCUUUCGAGGUAGGAGCAUAGUUUGCCGGACCCCUCCGAGAAGCGGUCAAUGACGGGAAGUCAGUUUCGUAACCAUCCGAAAAUAGUUCAGCAAACGCUUACACAGUUUUGAAGUAAGACCUUCUUUGCGAUUUGAAAAAUCUCUGCUCACUUGGCUAACCAGUUGGAAAGGAAUCCAGAGCUACGUAUAAACAACUCAGCCUGUUGUUAUGAAACAUGAUCCUCCAAAAAUGUUAGAUGAUUGUACAGCCAUCCAAUAUUGUGUAAUGUUAGAAGUGAACAACAUAACAGAAGAUACGAUGCGUCCAAAACUGCUUAAGUGCCGUGGUCAACUGAUGUCAAUCGUUUUCUCACCAGCCAAGUGCCGUUUCUUUUCCACAAGAGUUAGCUUUAACUUUGGCUGUUUAAUCAGUUGUGUCACUCUACACCAGGUGAAUAAUAAACAAGUUAAUUCAAAGAAGUUGUUGGAAGUUGAAUUGAUUAUUGGAGUCAUUUUCCUCAUCAGCUGUCUGAUACGAUGCAGCCACUUGCCCCUCUCCCCUUCGUACAAGCAGGCACUAGUUGGCGAAGAUCGUCAACAGCUUCCUUGCAUCAUUUUCCUGCUAGCCCACCCUCAGCCUUCAUGGGUGUCCCUCGAUCAAGGCGAGUGUCUACCGUGGGUUCGUCAAUUUUCUCCACCCCUUCAACCUCAGCACCACCAGACACGUUACAAGCCUUGCAAGAAACUUCAAAGAGGCUACCAAACGAGUCCCCACAGGGAACGUCUGGCGUGCCCGAAUCAAGGCGAGGCUCGCAAGCCAGACGAAAGUCCUCAGUGGCAGCUUCUAUGUUGUCCUCUGAUACACGCGACGGUAAAAAGGGAUCCAUUGGCUUUACUCUUGCUGCUUCUUUAGUUAAAUGGAAAAAGAAUUCCUUGAGAGCAGCUAGGAAGGCUAACGAGACCAUUGCUAAGGUGAAUUUUAGUGAUGAAACUUUGUAACAGAACCCUUUCAAAACUACUUACAAUAGACCUACAAAUGAAUCUUCAUCAUAUUGAACUUAAAUCAAUUUCUCAUGUUGGGUAGUGACGCGUCAUCAGUAUGGAAUUUCUGUGCCCGUUUCUCAGACUUCAUUUCGAGGGGAAAACCCAGGGGCGGAUCUAGGGGGAGGGUGCAGGGGGUGCGCAGAGAUGACCUGCGGUUUUCUAAUACAACUGGUAUUCUGCAAAACAAUAAAAAAAACUAUGUGGUUUAUUGGUGUUGAAGUAGAGCAAAAGACGAGUGCACCCCCUCCUAAAAAAAAUCCUGGAUCCGUCCCUGAAACCGUAACGGCGUUGCCAAGUAACGACUCUUUUCUCAGGCGUGUACUCCGGAAUAUGUUGAGGUUAAGGGACUGCUGCUCUGAAUUUAAAUCUCUGGCAAACAAGGCUUUUUGCAAAUCGGGAUCAAGUCCGCCUAUGCAUUAUUCUCCAGAGUCGCAAUAGUGAACAGCUACUGGCCAAAGAAGGUUUUUUUUUUUUUCACUCUUCUGUUUUAGAGCCUGCGCAAAUAUCACCAAGGAAGAAAGCUUCCUUAUGGAGACAAAAGAACUUUGAAAAGUUUUCUACCCUUUAAGUUACUGCUUAGUUCUAUAUACAGGCGAUGCACGAGUUUGCGCAGAGGGUCGUUUUUCAUUCCCCUGGGAUUUGACUAACCCCAAUCUAAUUCCGAGUCGCUGCAUAACCUAAUCAACUUAUAGAAAACAUCAAAUACUGUAGCAACUAUACAGACACUAUAAAGACCCUAUACCGUCCUAUAUUGUUAUAUGUUGUUAUAUGCUAUAACAUGUACUAAUAUUAAUGCUAUAUAACUAUAAACUACGUCCAAUAUAUACUCAUCGCAUUGUACUGUGUUGUAUCCUAAAUACAUGCAUGUCAUGUAGACUAUGAUAAGUAGCAUGCUGUAUAUAUCAAAUUAAUAAUGUAUUCAUAUGCUGAUAACCAGUGUUAUCAUUCCACUAGAUACAUCUUUUCAGUGCCAGAUGCUACUGACCACCGUUGUCAUUUUUUAGUUUUUAUUAUUUUCUCUAUCCAGGACGCUAAACACCAAGAAUUCAUGAACAAAACUGCUGAUCGCAUCAAAACCGAGGUAAGCCCAGCUCACAUUUUAACAAUCCUGAAAAAGUAUAAAAUAGAAAACAUUCUUGUGUCGAUUUUCAUCCGGAAAAAUUAUUUUAUAGCUUGACAUUUUUUUCAUUAUCUUUUCUUGUUCCCUUUUUAAAUUUUUGUUCCGUGCAAAACGUGCAUGCAUUUCAGAUUAAACAACUCCAAAUGAAUGUAUGUCGUCUCCGCAGCUCAAUAGGUAAUAUUUAUUUUAAAGUGGAAAAAUAUUUUCUAAAGAACUGGAUCAUUCUACCAUUCUGUUCUUAGCUUCCAAAACAGUUACUGGUCUCUAUACAAGAGGAAGCUUACCCGAUUAUACUACGAACAACACAAGGUAGGCUCGUGACUACUUCACUUAGGAUCAUUUGUAAUAAAUUAUUUUAGUAUAUACUAAAACAGUGGAUAGUGUUUUUCGCGCGCUCUGAUUGGCUGCUCAAUCAGUGAAUAUCCUGCACUAUUCACUGAUUCACCUCUAGUUCCUCCGAGCGAGAGACGCCAAACUCGCGUAAGUUGCAAAAUGCCUUCCCGGUUUGCUGCCGUAACAAACAAAGAAAUUUCACAACUAAUCAAGCAAGCUGUUUCCGAAAUACACGAAGAAAGUGACGAAGCUCGGGGUGGAAGUUUUCACAGGUAAAACUUUGUCUUUUUGACUUGAAUUUAUCGAUAAAACCGGCGAAAAAGUUUUGUUGUUUACAAAUGCAAAUUAAGUUUAAGUCUUGCGUUACUUUUUUUAGUUGACUUGUUCAUAAAUAAGCUUAAAACUAAAUCUAAUAAUCCUUUUUACAGAAUGAUUUUAAAUACAAAAAGAAUUCACAACUCCUUUUGAGGAAAUUUCCCCGCAAGAGGUAAACAAAUGCCUUCAAAAGUUUUAUUUGCCGGCAAGAAAAAGCGACGACAGCGGCCGUUCGGUCAUUGCGCGCCAAAAUUGUAAUCGUUGCAGGCAACAGUAAAUGAGUUAAAAAUCAUCAUUUUUGUGCUCAAUUAUCUCACUGUUUUAGUAUAUACUAAAACAAUUAUUCACCUCAGUGUCGGUGGCUAGUGAUGGAUAUUUACCUCGCCGCUAACGCGGCUUCGGUAAAUAUCCAUCACUAGCCACCUCCACUUCGGUGAAUAAUUGUUAUAUAUUAUUAGUGCUGUAACACUCCAACCUCGUUCCCAGGGUUCUCUCCUACCCGCCCUACGGAGCACCAGUACCGUCACCAUGAAUGCGACCCUUGCUCUCUCGCUCCGUAGAGCGGGUAGGAGACAACCCUGGGAACGAGGCUGGAAGCGCUCUACUUUAAAAGUCGCUGUUUAAUAACCACUUGAAUCAAAUAACAGAGACAUAACAGAUAUUUCAAUAUUUUGCGUCAUCUGGAGUAGUUUGUUUAAUCAAGUCUGAAAAAGUCUUUUCUUUUUCUAGCUUACCGAUCUCAGUUGGGAGUCAAACACAAACUCACGAUGCAAGCUUAUGAUCGGCUGGCAGACCUGGUCCGAGAUCUCAAGAAUCCCUUUUGA